UGCAACCUUUAAACUUCUUUCCCCUCAGCACCACCCUGUCCCCCGCUGGUUGUGGUAUUUGGCAGUGUCUGUGUGUGUUUUUUUGUGUGUACCUGAGAGGGCUCAUCAGUGAGGCAGCAGCCCCUGCAACUUGUCACUCAUCCCAGGGUCGCUGCGAAGGCGGAAGUUCCCGGUGAGUGCGAGUUCCUCAGAGUCUGAGACCCACGUCUCCCUGGAGAGGCCGAUGAUAGGAGACUGCUUCACAUGGUUAACAUGGCAGCGAGACUUCAUCAAAAAGUUGCCAAGAACAACACAAAUCUCUGCAAGCAAAUGACAGCAAUUCUGGAAAGUCCUAUUGGUGCCAUCCAAGUAUCUGGCUGCAGAGAAGGCAUUCACUCCAUUCAGCUCCAGGAGAGUUUUGUACCCAAGGACAGGACAAGAGUGGCCUCAUUUAGUUGCGAGCUCUGUGAAAGCCAAGAGGAAAUGACAGCACCAGUGAAACACUGUAUGACCUGGCUUCAAGCCUAUUUCUGUGAACCUUGGACAACGGGAAAACUUCCUCUCCCUGCCUUUCAUCAUCCCAUUUUUCAGCAAGCUACCUUCACCUGCAACGUGCUGAGGACUCUGCUGACUGAUGUGAAAUUUGGAGAAAUGACUUCCUACAAGCAGCUGGCAACCCUUGCAGGCAAUUCAAAAGCUGUGAGAGCUGUGGGAGGAGCAAUGAGAAGUAACCCUGUGCCAAUUAUUGUGCCCUGUCACAGAGUGAUCUGCAGCAAUGGACAGAUUGGUAAUUAUAUGGGAGGAAGAGGAAAUCACCUCAAACAAUGGCUACUGACACAUGAGAAGCUUCUGAAAGAGAGCCGAGAAACAUCUCAGGGACUUUGUCCAAUGCUGCCACACAGCUAGAACGUACGCCAACAAUAUUCAGAAUAAAGCAAGCUCUUAACACAUCCACUAUUAUUUAGGGAAUUUCUAAAUAGUGAUUUAAAAAGAUAAAAGAAACUUAAGAGUCAGAUGCGUGGUGGCACCACUACUAUAUUAAAAAGGCUGGAUACAUCCUGAGGGACGCUGGCCUUUCUUGUUUUUACAUUUUACAGAAGAAUGAAUGCAGAGAACUGUGCAUGUUGUGUAUGUAUUUUGUUUCCAUCUACAAGCUUUUUUUGUUCUAUUUUUAAUGCCCAUUAAAGCAAGGAUAAGGGAGUGGGAGGAGCAUGGCAAAUGUUAGGUGCAACUGCCCCUCUAAGGAAGCAUCUGGCUCACAGAGGGGACAGACGACAAUCUGAUGCUUGCGUGUUACUGGGAGCAAAAUGAAAUCCUGAGGCUUCAGCACACACCUCUUUAUUCCUGCACUGUAUUGUAUUUGACCAGCAUGGAAAGCUGAACCUCAGCCAGAUGAGUGUCAAUGAGUGCCCUGUCCUCUUUGAUGUUUGAGCUACUAAAAUAAUCUUUCUCAUAAACACUUUUCAAUGUUUUCGUGACCAUUUUGUGAAAAGGAAGCAUUUUCUGCAUGCUGUCAUUCAAAAGAAUGUUUGCCACAGUUCAACCAUUGUUUUUUUUUAAAUUUGAAAUAUAUUUUCCAAAUCACAAAAAGAUGUAAUUUAUAUAUCAUGCAUUUUUUAGCAGAAUCAUGGUUCUAUUUUUUCUUAUAAUUGCAGAAGCAGUUAAAUAUGUAAAACUUUCUUUUGACCAGGGGAUUUCUUUUGAGGCACAAGCAAUCCAUAUAGUGAAUUUGGUAUAGGAAUAAGUUUCUUGCAGUUUAAGGACAAAGAUUUUACAUGUUAAUUAGGAAGAAGACAAAUUACUUCAAUUGUAUUAAUGGAGUAUUGUCAAUGCUGUUGAUUUGGGGUCAGGGCUUAAUCACAGACCUAUACUCCACCUCAAUUGAUAAUGUUUUUGUCACCCACAUGGUUUCAUUUCAUAGAAUCAGGUAAAUAAUUUGUAUGUUUUAGUUUACAGUUGUCUUAUGUGUUCUUUCCCCUUGGAAAUUAUUUUAUUGGCUAGAUGAUUAGGUUGCGGAGAGGGAGCUCUCACUGGUACUUUCUUUUCCCACUGAAGACAUUGUUUGAGCAGCGACAGUUAUCCUGCCCGGGGGAAGAUGCAUUUUCCUGCCCUUUCAUGCUCCCAUUUGCUCUCAUUGUUAGUCAAUGUGAGCACAUGCAAGGAUUUAAUACAAUUAGUUUAUUCUGAAUUCAUAAAAAGGGAAGAUUUUUCAAAAAAUGCAUGUUACUGGACACAUUUUGCAGAAUAGUCUGUGUGGUGUUGUGUGACUACAAGUUGUGUUAAAUGUGAUUAAUCAUAGAAUAAUCAAUUAAAGGUCACAAACUGCCACAAUUUUUCACAAACAGGUACCUCUUCCUUAAGAACAUUAAAGUUGCAGCGAAAAUAAAAGAGAGGGGGAUGGGUGUCAGAUAAAUUACAUAUUAUAUUGGGGCUGCCACACGAUUGAUACAAUAGGGUUUCCGGCUGUUACACAGAUCAAAUAUGAUAGCCUUUAAAUCAUAUCAGAACAAGAUACUUAUACUGUAAUACCCAUAUCUGUGUGCUCACAUAGGGGUUAGAAAAUACUUUUUAGCAUGGUUUAUAACUUUUUCAUGUUAAGUGUAAGGUUGUACAUUUAUCAGUUAUUCAGUCUGGCAAGUCUCUUGGAAUAAUACUGUGGAUUAACUUUCUCAGGAUGAUGGUUUUAAGAGGAUUGAACAAAAGGCAGUGAAUCACCAGCAAAAUAAAUAAUUACAAAAUAUAUUGAAUUGCUUUCCAGCAAACACCAAGAUUAAAACACCUGGGUAACAUGGGUUAUUGAAAUACUGAAGUUAUACCAUGAAAAUAUUUCACAGUGUUUUUGGAUGUUAACUUCAUUUAUGUAAUUGAGGGUUAGAUGGCAUGCUUAUGAUAUUCCAGCUUGGUAACUUUUUCUAGUUACCCAUUACUCUCUAUGCAAAUCAUUAUGAAAGUAGAUAUUUUCAAUGUUCUUAUUUGUGAUGUGACUUCCUUGAUAUUGAUCAUUUAAUUUUUAGUGGGACAUUUUUUUCCUUCAAUAAUAAAUGCAAGAUAAUUCAUUCGAACAGUUUCUAUAAAUAAAAGAUGGAUCUGACUUUGAAAAUGUGAUUAGCUUUCCACCAUUGACUGUGUGUUCUUGUUCAUCCGAAUUGUGGCUCUCUAAUGUUAUUAAAGGUUAGGCUCUCCGAGUGGUGUUUGAACCAAUAGAGGGCAGUAGAGUUCAGUGGAAUUGCAUUACAGAGAGCAUACACUCACAACAACAGCUUUACUCUCAAUUAUUUGUUUUUAACCUACAAAGAGAACUCAGAGUAGCUCAACAGGAACUUAAACAUUAACUUGUACUGCAUGUAUUCAGUCAAACUGCAUCAUGUGUAAAUUUCAUUGUAUUCAUUCAUUUGUGUCUUUUGUGUGUGUGGCUGCGCAUAGCACAGUACAACUUGCUGCUGUCAGACAGUCAGAUGAAGAAUGGCCCUUCUUUACUCACUGAUUUCUGAUAUUACUAAUGAUGCCCAGGCUACAGACUGGAGUGAGCACUAAUGAAGGGUGCUGUGACACUAGAACCUCUAGGGGUUCUAUUUAAGAAGAGAGGUGAAUGCAUACUGCCACUUGGGUGUACUUCAAGCAUGCCCUCUUCAACCAUUAUUGCUGAUUUCAUCUUGUGAUUUUGUUUUAAUGCAGUGCAUUAUUUGGCACGAUGAUCUUUCAUGAUGAAAUACUUAACUCUUGUGUGAAUCUGCAAAGAGGUGGAGGAGCUAAUGGUUAUGUUGUUAGCCCAAUUGUUGAAAGAAAGAAAUGUCCUUCAGCCUUGGAAUUGGGUUCCAGUGACCUAUCAGAUUUCCUCCCCUUCAGUCUUCCAAUGCUUUGAACUGCUGACAUUGAGACACUGUGCAGUCAGGCACGACAGCUGUUUCUGCAUCAUCUAAUACCAACACAUGCUGUUUUAGACCAUUUUCAGAAGAAAAGAUAAUGAAAGAUUCAGAAAUAAUAUUUAUUUUGCAUAGUUAUCUUUAUAAUAAAAUACAUGCCCUUGACCACGGAAAAACUGGAUCUUGAGAUAGGGUUAAGUUUGUUGACGGGCUACAUGUCAAGGUUUAAAGAAAUUCAGAGUGUUUCUUUUUUUACAUUUAGAGCUGCUCCACAGACUCAACUAAGGCUUGACUGUGCACUUUGUCAGAGUGAAAAAUAACAGACGUAGCAGUUGGCAUCUUAAUGCUGUGCAUUAUGAACUUCUGAUAAUUUUUUGACCCUACUUGAGCUUGACAUCAAGUGGAAGUGAGCAUAGGGAACAAAUUAACAGGCUCUUGGAUUCAGAUUUGUAACUUGCACCACCGCUCUGUCUCUCUCCCCACUGUUCACUGCUACCUGAGAAAGAGAGUAACAAUAGGGGUGGGUGCUGAACUGGCUUUGAGCACCUGAGAUCAAUGAUGCAUCUGGUCAAAGCCCAAAGUAUGGAAGCUGGAAGACGACAAGUAGGAAAUGUUUAUGAAAAUGUGUUCUUCCACAAAAAUAGCUUUCUCUGUUGCCAAGUUCAUAUUAUUUACGUUAAACUAGUUGCAUUUUGGUUGAUUCCAAAAUAUUCAUUUUAUGACUUAUUUACUCCUUUUCUCAGACAGCAAACAUAAUAUAUCUCCAUAAAUUUUGAUAGCAUUUGUAUUGAAUAAAUGAUAUCUGGUCACAUCCUAAGAUAAAUAAUACAUUUCUAGUGAUAGAUAUAGCAUUACUUCAGAAGUAAAGUAGGACAGACACAUUUAUGAAUUCAUUUAUAGCUUGGUGUUUAUAGAAAGAUUUUUCUCACCCACGAAGGCAGUGAUGGAAAGGUAGCUUUGUGAUGGCAGAUUAUCACAUCCACAUUCAUGAUUAUUUCAAAGCAAAUAAAAAACAUUCAAUGUGUUCAAAUGACGGCACAAUUGAAUGAUGUAAAAUGUUCCACUCUUUGAAUAAUUUGAUUACACUG